GCAGGGGCAAUGAUGAAUCUUGAUUUGAUCUUCUUCUCGAAAACCUCAUUUUGCUUUUGCUUCUUCUCUUCCAUUUCCAUAUUUACACUUCAUAAUAUCUCCUUCACCCACUUCUCUUCUUCCCCAUUUAUAACACACAGAUAAAUACAUACACAUACUUUAACAUUUAUAUAUAUAUUUUGGGCUAGCUAUAGUAAUCCUUUAAAAUCUCUUUCCAUUUUCUUGAAAUGGUCCUCCUCUCAUCUUACCUCUAGAAGAAUCUGUCUGACCUUCUCUCAGUUUCCAUUUUUCUCACUUUCUCGUUCUUCGGACACUGAAUGUGAUACACAUACAUAGGAGAUUGAUAAAAAGCUUUAAAAGAUCGAUCAAUAUAAUGGAGGUUUUUGUUCGUCUUCCAUCCAAGAGAAGCCUAAUUCUUUUUCUUGUUAUUAUUGUAAGUCUCUCUUUGAGCCAGAAGGUCAAACAUGUCUCUGCCUCUAACGACACUAAACCAAUCAGACAAGUCAGUAGCUUGAGACUAGAGAGGAUUCAAAAGCACUUGAACAAGAUCAACAAGCCUCCUGUCUUCACCAUCCAGAGUCUAGAUGGUGAUGUAAUAGAUUGUGUACCCAAAAAGAAGCAGCCAGGUUUGGAUCAUCCACUCUUAAAGCAUCACAAGAUUCAGAAAGCACCGAAGAAAAUGCCGAAGAUGAUGGGAAGAGAUGAUGUUAAUAAAGAAGAAGAAGCAGCAGCAGCAGCGAAUGUAUUGGAAGGUGCAUGGCAAAUGUGGCACGUGAACGGCACGAGGUGCCCAAAGGGGACCGUUCCCAUACGACGCAAUACGAUGAACGAUGUGCUCAGAGCCAAGUCUUUGUUUGACUUUGGCAAAAAGCGACGGAGCAUCCACCUUGAUCGACGGACAGAGAAGCCUGAUGCCCUCGGCACUAAUGGACAUGAGCAUGCGAUAGCGUAUACGGAAACAUCGUCGGAGAUAUAUGGAGCAAAGGCGACGAUCAAUGUUUGGGAUCCAAAGAUAGAAGAAGUGAAUGAGUUUAGUCUCUCUCAGAUUUGGAUUCUCUCUGGAUCUUUCGUCGGUCCUGAUCUCAAUAGUAUAGAAGCUGGGUGGCAGGUCAGUCCGGAGCUGUAUGGUGACAACAGACCAAGAUUGUUCACUUAUUGGACGAGUGAUUCAUAUCAAGCAACGGGAUGUUACAAUCUUCUAUGUUCUGGAUUUAUCCAAACAAAUAACAAAAUUGCAAUUGGAGCAGCCAUUUCUCCUCUCUCUACUUUCAAAGGGAACCAGUUUGACAUCACAAUUCUCAUUUGGAAGGAUCCGAAAAUGGGGAAUUGGUGGAUGGGAUUAGGGGACAACACGCUAGUCGGGUAUUGGCCAGCCGAGCUAUUCACGCACUUGGCCGACCAUGCGACCACCGUGGAAUGGGGAGGUGAGGUUGUGAACACGCGUGCUUCAGGCCGGCACACGACGACUCAAAUGGGUUCGGGUCAUUUUCCGGACGAAGGGUUUGGGAAAGCAAGUUACUUCCGGAAUUUGGAGGUCGUGGAUUCGGACAACAGUCUCGUACCGGUGCAUGACGUCAAGAUAUUAGCCGAGAACACAGGAUGUUACGACAUAAAGAGUUCGUAUAGUAAUGAGUGGGGAACUUACUUUUACUAUGGUGGACCGGGGAAUAAUCCUAGGUGUAAUUGAAAUCAAAGUGUACAUAGUUGGGGCUGGGGAGAAUGGUGGAAAAAAAAAAAAGAGAGUAUCGAAUGUGUAAUUUUUUCUCUAAAGGAUGGGUAGUGAAAAUUGAAUAUUAUUUGGCUUAUUGUUGUUGGGGUUUAAAUCUAGUAAUUUAUUAUUGCAUUCAUAGGAAAAAAAACGAAUGAGUGUAUGCAAUAAUGAGAGUAUGAUAACAAAGUUUA